AUGACUUCAUUAUGGGUGAAUCCGAGUGUUCCUCUAAGAACAUUGGAUAAAAUUGGAACGAUACAGAGAAGAUCAACAACAGCAUGCAUGUUGCAAAGAAAACCUAUUGGUGUUUCUUCUACAUCUCUAUCUCUAUCAAAUUGUAGGGUCGCGAAAAAUGAUGAUCAAAGAAAGGAAAAAGCAAUAUUAUCAAGAAACAUCGAAGAGUGGAUGAAUGUGUCGAUGGUGGACAUUGUAAAGAAUUUGAAACAAGCUCCAUUGUUUGUCCAUGUUUACGCGAAUGAGGAUGAUGAGAGAGGAGGACAAGUAAGACGAAGACCACGGAUUAAAACUGAGAGAGCCAUGUUGGAGAAAUGGCCAAUGAUGAAAAGUGAAUGGGAAAGUGGAAAAACAACAACCCCAGAUGGACUAAUAUUUGUUCAAGAACUUCGCGAUGAUGAGGAAGAAAAUCGAAAUGUGAAUUUAGUUGAGGACUCAGAUGAAGUGUUGAAAAAAUCUUGGGGAGUAAUUGUACAAGAAAAGGGAAUUGAAUUUGGACCUACUUGUUAUUUGUUGAAGACUAGCAGAGUUAGAGCUGGUAGAGGAAUGGAUUUAUUUUGUACUCAUUUUUGUUUAGUAAGAGUUAAGAAUUUUAGGGAUAGUGCUUUGAAACAGUUUAAAAGUUGUUGGUUGUGA